AUGUCUGCUCAGGCAUUGAAGGAGUUGCUAAAGCGAUGCAAAGAGGCAAUCUCUAGCGGGCGGUUCCCCGACGCUAUUGAGGCUGCCAACGAUGCUCUCGAGGUCGAUGAGGAAAACUACCAGGCAACACUGCUGCUAGGAAAGGCUCAAUAUCUCAACAAGGACAACACCGCCGCUUGCGCCGCCUACGACAAGGCUAUCAAGCUGGAGCCCACCCAGCCCCUGGCGUACAUUGGCCUGUUGCAGGCAUGCAACGUUCGAUCCAAUGGCAAAAAGUACCUGGCCACCCUGAUCGAGGUACUCAAGAUUCUGUGCGGACAGGACCACCAGACCAAGGCCAACGACACCUACUGCAAAAGUGAACGGGCGAUCUACUCACACGCCACCCCCGAGACACAGCUGGAGUUCACCAAACUGCAGAUCCCCGGCUCGCCGCUCUUUUCGCUCAUGGAGUCUGUCAUGCCUAAACCGGCCUUUACCUACGAGAAGCUCGUUAAAAUGGAGGAGGAGCAGGAAAAGAAGGCGCUCAACAAGGCACUGGCUGAUGCUAACUUCACCAUCACAGGCAAGAAGAAACGAACGCCCCAGCAAGUGCGGUACGACUUCCACAGCAAAUCCAACCUGCCAUUCUUGUACCAGGAGCUCAUCAACUGGACCAACAAUGACGAGCUGCGAAUCGAGACAGAGAAGAAACUGCUCAAGUGCCGAGCAGAUCUCUUGGCCAGUGCGCCUCCGGGCAAGGAGAAGGAACAGCUACAUAUGGAGGUCUCGGAUAUGGUCGAUGGUGCCGUGGUCAUCAAGGCACGCGACUCACUGGCCUGGGACCUGUAUCUCGAGUGGCUUGAUCCCCGGGAUCUUGGCGACCUCCCCAGCGAGACAGUCAAUGAGUACCUGGACUUUUUCUCUGAGACUGGUCUCCACAAGAUUCUCAGUGGAUACAUUUAUUCCGACAUCUCCAGCAUGGUAAGAACCAAGAAGGAGGACAAAAAGGACAAUGAAGAAGGCGAGGAUGGAGCGAAGGAUGGAGAGGCUGCCGAAGAUGGUGAUAUUGAGAAGACUGCAAAGGUCGACAAAAAGGAACCUAAGAAAGAGCCCAAGGAGCCCAAAAAGGAGCCUAAGGAUUCCAAGGAAAAGGACGCUGCCGAAGGCGAUGAUGACCUCACUGGACUGGAGGAGAAGGACGGCGGCAAUGACGAGGUUCUGUCGGAGGACAUCACAACAUACCUUUCCGAGGGUCUCAAGCAGGACCCCAAGUCGAUCCUGGGUCACCGAAUAUCUGCUCAGUAUUACUUCCACCACAAGGAGUAUGCUGAGGCGAUUCGAAUGUGUCUUUCCGGUAUUGAGACUGCCAACAAGUACCACGACACCUGGCUAAGUCAUGUGAAGAACGCUCUCAGACAUUUCAGCAUCAUUCUAGGAACCUGUUACAUCUUCUACCAGGCCCCUAAGAACUUUGACAACGCUCUGGAGAUCUUCAACGCAGUUCUCGAGGAGGAGCCCAAGAACGUGGCUGGUCUCGUUGGUAAGGGCCUGAUUCUGGUAGAGAAAAAGCAGUGGUCAGAGGCCCGAACCCUGCUCCAGGAGGUUGUGGACAAGAACCCCGACAACAGCCAGGCUCUUUUCGAGCUGUCGUGGUGCUGUGUCUUGAUGGGUGACUAUGAACAGGGCCGAAAGGGUCUUGAGCAUGUAAUUGGCCUUGUCACCGGUUCCGACUCUGUUUCCCGGGACCUCCGAGCUCAAUGCUAUUGGCGAAUUGGCCAGUCUUACGAGAAGGAGGGUCAUGAUGAUACACAAGUCAUUUUCCAGGCAUACCUCAAAUCGCUCACGGAGAACCCCAACUUUGCUCCCUCAUACACUGCUCUUGGUUUGCUGUACGCUGACUCUGUUGGCGAUCAGGCCCGAGCCUCUAAGUGUUUCUACAAGGCUCUGGAGCUCAGUGCACAGGAAAUCAAGGCUGCCGAGAGACUGGCCAUUGAGUUUUCUGACAAGGGAGACUGGGAUGCUGUUGAGGUGAUUGCGAACCGAGUCAUUGGUGUGAUGAAGGACAAGGUUGCGUGGCCCUACAGAGCCCUCGGUAUAUCAUAUCUCAACAAGAACGACUUUGGCAAGGCCAUCGUCAACUUCCAGUGGGUUCUUCGAGUCGAUUCCACUGACGUGAAUGCUUGGACUGGCCUCGGAGAGGCAUAUAAGAAGGCAGGACGUCUGACGAGUGCUCUGAAGGCCCUUGAGCGUGCCAACCAACUCAUUUCCAAGCAGGAGGGCGAUGAUUCUACUGAUAACCAGCUCGACAAGUGGAUUCCUGGCUAUCUUGCUGCUGUUUCUCAUUCCGAGCUUGCAGAGUACUCCGCUGCUCUGGAGAUUCUUGAGAACAUUCUCCAGCACCAUCCCCACGAGAACAUUGUUCUGCGAGCUCUGCAAACCACACUCAACAGCGCUGCUACUGCAUCUAUCACCGAUGGACUCUACGUUGAGGGCGCCAAUUACGCCAUCAAGUCUCUGGAGUCGUGUGUCGUGAGUGUUGGCCUUGGCCACCAAUCUCAAGAUUUGUGGAAGUCUAUUGGUGACGCUUGUGCGGUCUUCCUACGAGUGGAGAGUCAGAUCCAGCGGUUCCCCAUCGAGCUGGCGAAGAAGAUCUUUUCCGGCAUGUCUGCAGACAAGGUACGGGAGUUCAACAACUUUGCCGAGCGAAACUUUUCGUUCGACUCCAACCACGCUCUUCUCGUUCAGAUUGGAGAGCAUGACGGCCAGCCUCUGGACGGCGCUGAUUUGGAGUACCCUACUCCCGUGACUCAGGAGUCCAUCAACGUGCUCUACCUGACUGCCUUCAAAUACUCUCUUCUGUGUGCUCGUCCCGACCCCUCCACCCAGGCUGCAGGAUGGUAUAAUCUCGGUUUGGCCGAGCUAGGUCUGGCCCUCAAGGCUCAGGACAAGAGCGACGACAACCUCAACCUGGCUGCUUCUCAGUGUCUCAAGCGAGCCCUGCACAUCGAGCACAAGAACGCCGACAUUUGGAACGCAUUUGGUGUGGCUUCUGUUCGGCUCAACGUUCGAGUCGCUCAGCAUUGUUUCAUCCGAGCUCUGACUCUCAACAACCGGGCUCCUCAGAUCUGGGCCAAUCUUGGUGCUCUGUACCUCGGUCAAGGCGACCUGGAGCUAGCCAAGGAAUCCUUCAGUCUAACCCAGACCAUGGAUCCUGAGUUCGUUGAGGCCUGGCAGGGUCUUGGUAUCAUUGCCAGCGUUACUGGAGAUGAGAAGAAGGCCCGGGCAAACUUCGAGCAAUCCUUUGUGGUUUCCAAGGGUGUUCAGGACCUCGCCAAGCUUCUUUACGGACUCUCAGUGUUCGAGAAGGUCAGCUGCACUGGUUCUCGAGAAGUUGCAGUUGAGAACGCUACUCUCGCCUUGGACAAGCUGCUCAAGGCUAAACCCAACUCCAAGCUCGGUCUGCUGCUACGAGGAUCUCUUUUGGAGUUCCAGGGUGACUACGAGGAGGCUGAGAUUCAAAUCACCAACCUCUGUAACGCUCUUGAGGUGCUCUACGAGGAACUGGAGUCUGAUCAUGACCUGGAGGAUUUUGCCAAGGCCAAGUCUCAGCUCGCUCGAAUUGCUCUUGGUAUGCACGACUUCGAGGCUGCUAUUCAGCACGCGGAGUUUGCUCUGGAUGUUGCCCAGGAGCGACCCAACCUCACCAAGACGCGGCUCUCUGCACAAAUCACGUGCGGCCUGGCCCACUUUUUUAUCUCGCAGUUUGACGAGUCCAUCUCGUGUUUCCAGCAGGCUCUUGAGGAGUCUGAUGAGGAUCAGGAGAUUGUGGUUCUGCUUGUGCAGGUUCUGUGGGCCAAGGGCGGUGAGGCCCGUGAUGUGGCUCGAGACCAGCUCUACGACUCUGUGGAGCACAAGGGAUCCAAUCUGCAGAUUGCUCUUGUUCUUGGAGCUAUUGGUCUGGUGGAGGACAAUUCCGACCUGCAGGAUGCUGCACUUGAUGAGCUUAACGGCCUGUCUCUGGAUCUGAAGCUCAAGGACACUGGCAACAAGCUCGAGUGGGUGACAUCACUACUUGCUAAGAGUCUCACGGGAUCCGAUUUUGAGGCUGCCCUGCCCUGGAGACGGUCUGCGUUUGUCAACCACUCCGAGUACAAGGUGUGGAGCCAUGUGGACAAGAAGAUUGCUCUGCAGGUGGCCAACCAGAACGCUCUCAACCGAGCAAGCUUUGACUACACACAGCUUUCUGAUGCUCUGGUGGAUAUUGGUACCCUGGAAUGUGCCCAGCGAGCUCUCUUCCUGCGGCCCUCUUCUGUUGACGCGUGGAAGACUCUUGCUGGGUGUGUUUAA